AUGGUCGACAUGCUCGACAUCACCCGCAGAGUGAAGACGCAGGCAAUCUUUAGUAUUGGCACCGUCAUCCUUUACGUGACGGACAGCUACUACUGGGAGGCGCCGUACAAGGCAAUAUCGACGAAGCUUGAGGUCUUUUUCGCCGUGUUCUUCAGUUUCAACUUUUUGUUCGAGCUCCUGCUGUCGAAGAACCGGCUGGCCUUCGUCAUGAGCAUCCCUGGCAUCGUGGACCUGGUCACCAUUGUGCCCGUCUUCUUGGCCCUGCAAGCCGACCCCGUCUCCAAGUCACCCACGGGCUUCGUGCGCCUCUACCGUGUGCUCAUGUUGGCAAGGGUGUUUAAGCCGCUCCGCCUUCUUAAGGCAGUGGAGAGCAUUAGCCCUGGCAAGGAUGCGGUGCUAGAACAGACGGCGAGAACAAUGGCAUACGUCGUUUCCACGCUAUUCCUUGCCUCCGGAUUGGUGCAGGUUCUGUCGGACGGAAGGACGGACGAAUGGGGGGAAACAACGGAUGCGACCAAGAUGAUGUUUCACGACGCCCUUUACUUCAUAAUCGUGACGUUCAGCACCGUCGGCUACGGCGACAUGAGCCCUCCGGACACGCAAUCAAGGAUGGCGAUCGUCCUGCUGGUCGGUUUUUUCUUCUUCAUGAUACCAAGAGAGCUAAACAAGCUCAACCACUUGCUCGACCUCAGCAGUAAAUAUACGGGCUCGUACCCGAAGAAACUAGCGGGAGGGCAUACCAUCGUCGGCUGCGACAUUGCCUCUUGCGGGCUGGCGGGCGGCUUUCUGGAGGAGUUUUUCCACGAGGACCACGGGUAUAACAUCAUGCACUUGGUGCUCCUGGUGCCGCACGAGCCUACAAUGGAGUGGAAGCGACUCGUGCUUAAGUUCGCCGCCAACGACCGAGUGACUUACCUCAAGGGAGAUCUUCGCAGCACGGACGACCUCGCCAGGGUCAGCGCGGACACGGCUUCGUCCUGCUUCAUUCUGACAAAUAGGCACGGGAAUCUCCGGGAAGAAGAGAAGCGAGGGUUCAUGCGAGCAAUCACCGUUCAAGAUUUCAACCCGUCGCUGCGUAUCUUUGUCGAGGCGCCUACGCACGGGAUGAAGCAGCGCCUGGUCAAGGUAUCCGCGUCGAUCGAUGAGCAGCAGGACAUGCCGGCUUGGGUAAAAGAGUACGCGUCUGGGCUCGGGAAAGAAAUUUAUGUCGUUUCCAUCGGAGCCUUCGCCGGGCGAGGCUUCAGCGAGCUAGUCCGAGAGCUGUUCGAGCAGCACGGAGUUAUCCUCUUGGGGAUCAGCGAGGAUCGGCGGGUGGUGCUUCAUCCCGGCGCUUGCUACGUCAUCACGCCGGCCGACCUAGGUUUUCUCGUCGCGGACGACGCCGACGUAGCGGAGUCCAUCGUCGAGCAGGCCGUCGGGGCGCUCCUGCCAUUCCCCGAAAAGUCUGAACCGCAAGCACCCCUAUCGUCGGCACAAAAGGGAUCGGUGGGAGGGCGAGAAGGGGCAGGGGUGAAAGGCCGUGGUUCCACCACGGCCACCGCGAUGGCCUUAACCGCGGACGCACGGACGGCGGGGGUCCUUCCCCGGCUGGGACGAACGACCAAGGGCGUCGGUGGACACAGCGGUAGCGUCGGCGGCGGGAGUCGAAGCGGCGGUAAGUGCCGCAGCUUCCCGUUAGAUCCGCCCGAUUAUGGGGUGGGAGCAACGGCGGAGAUGGUCGCUGCCGCCAGAAACACCGGCGAGUCUAGCGCCCAUCAAACCGGAGUACUUCAUCUUUCUCCGUCUCCGUCAUCGCCUUGGACAGUAAUCAAUAGUCGCGGCGCAGAAACGGCCCGCGAGGAUCCGCAGAUCUCUACGGUUGGAGGAAGAGGGGAGGGGGGGGGAAGAAGUUCGAAAGGUGGCGGUAGUCGCAACGGCGACGGCGCAUCCAGCCCGUCCAAGAUGGCGAUCGGGAACAAGAGAAGCCCAAACAACGGCGACGGCGGGGGUUAUAUGGUCCUUGUGACCCCCACGCUUGCUCAAGUUUCAAUGCUGGUUGAGGCGUUCGAGGCCCCGCAGGUGCCGAAGAUGGGCUUCGUGGUCGUGUGUCCGCUGUACGACUGGAACCAGGAGCGGGACCAGGAGGAAAUUCGCCGGCUACGUGCGUUCCCGCAGGUCCGCCUCGUGAUCGGUGGGGCUAGCAGGGCGUCGUUGAAGGAGGCAGGGGCGAGCAGCGCGAGGAUGGUCGUCGUGAGGGCAGGGAAGAGCUUCCCCGAGCAGGGCGCGUCUGAUGCCGAUGCCGAAAGCAUAGGACAGCUGGUCGAGGUGACAGCAGUCGCGGGGCUUAAAGUCCGUGCGAUCGUCGAGCUCAACGACAUGACGUACGGCAAUCACUACGAGAUCCUAGUGGACCUACUCCGCAGCUCUCGGUCGCUUCCGCUGUCGCCGUCACUGGCGGCGGCGCCUCUCCCCCUCGCUGCCGGGGACUGCGGCCGCCCCGACACGGUCUCGGCGACCGGCGACCGCAGUUACCAGUCUCACAGCAAUCGCAACGUCCACUACAACGGUGGAUCCCCUUCCUCGACCACGGGGGCCCUCGACAACGUUUUGUCGGCCACCGCAGUCGCGUCCAUGCACAAGAACGCCGAUGCCCGAGGAGGAGAAGGAGCAGGUCAGAGGUUGAGGGGCUGGUGGCGGAGAUGGCGGCAUCGCCACUUGGGCUGUGACGACGAUGGAUCGUCGCGCUACUCCGAGGGUCGAGGCGCUUCUCGAUGCAGUGAAGGUGAUCGUAGCUCAGCAAUACCGUCAGUGAGUGGCGGGGGAGGGGGUGGCGUAUCGGCGGCGGCGUCAGCGGCCAGGGCCAGAGUGGGGCGGCGCGGUAGAGCACACUGGACCUUGACCAAGGGAGUGGCGUCCGGUGCGAUUGUGCCAAGCAGCUUGCCUGAGACGCUGCUGUGCCAGGCGUUCUACAACCCGGCCAUCAUCAUGAUCGUCGAGGCCCUCCUAGAUCCCAAGGCCCAAGUUUAUAGCAAGGCAAGGCGUCGUCCAGGCCGCCACCCCUGGAAUGAACGAGAGGGUGCGGCUGCACCGUCUCAGGUUAGCGAUGAAGACGGCGGCGACAACGAUGGCUGUCGCGACGGGGGGGAGUGCGAGGGCGAAAGCGGAGUUGGAGCAAGAGAGGAAGGGAGAGACGGCGCGGAUGGAGGGGGAAGACGACCCACGAGCGGGGGUGUCGGGGCGUUGAUGAACUUCAUGCUGGGCGAGUACGACGCCCUUCCGUUUGGCCUACUGCGGCACGGCAAAGCUGGCUCACCGUGCGGAUCUGUAGGCGAAGUGCCGAAAUUUGUCCACUGCUGUCCGGACCCGGGGCAAAAGGUUAUGCCGCUCGACAAGGUGUUUCUGCUUGCGCCAAAUCUGGAUUCGUGGGAGCGGAUGCAGCUGGACAGCCCACCACCGGCUUUGCUUCCUGCCGCAGGCAAUAACUCCCGAUUCUCGCCGGGCGACAGGCUAAGCUCAACAACGCCAGACUUGACGCCGCCUCCCAUCGGAGCCAACACAACGGACAGCCCAAACAAGCGAGGGUUCCCACCAGAAACACCAAGUGCCGUCACAGGCGACAGGAGGUUUCCAGUUCUAGAAGGCGAUAUUUUUGGCCUUCAACAAGGAGACCCUUGUUCGAUGGCACGUUCACCAAGUCACCGGCAGAGGAGGCGAGGAGGAGGAGGAGGAGGAGGAGUAGGCCCGGCAGCAGACUGGCGGGGUUCGCCUGACAACGGCCAUCACGGCAGCAACGAGAUCGACAUGUCCGCGUCGUCACCGUCGCGCAAUCUGUUCCUUUCGCCAUUCAGCUCCACGCUUCCGCCCGAAACGGCGACGCUCCCGGCGACGAGCAGGUUCGACGCAGAUCGCACGUCUUGGGUGGGCCGAGCGGCGUCCAUCAGAACCGGUGGUGCGAGAGGUGGUGCAGGCGGUGGCCGAGGAGGGUCGCAGCAGCAACGACAUCCCAAGGGGUCGCACGCGAAGCUGGACUUGCUGCUGCAAGAGAUGCAGCGCCUGAACGGUCGGUUGGAUACAAUCGUGGGCCGGCUGGGCGUUUUGGAGGGAGAAAACCGAACAAAUCGGGUGGACGGCGAGAGCGCGAAACAGGUUCCGGAUAUAUGA